UCGAGCGCAGCGUCCCUCUCUCUGUCAGUGGUGUUGGUGACGGUGUCGGUGUUUGGUGUGUGUGGUGCGGCUGCUGGUGUAUGCGAUGAGGGACAGCUGGUCGGGCUGACGCAGCACCACCUCUGAUGCGAACCACACUAUCUCUUGACCUAACACGACAGGACAACGUGGGCAGGAGUGCACUCUACUCUCCUGCACUUGUGUGUGCUUCUCGUACCGAGGUUGCUUGUCGAUAUCGCCCCCAUCACCGCCAUCCCUGGCGACCUCCCUCAGUGUCAUGGCCAUCAGCUCCCACACCGACAAGAACCGAAACGGACUGCACGGAUCACCACCUCCACCACCAUUAGUAUCAUCUGGUGCUGCUCUGAAGGGCAGUGCGCUCUCCCUCAGCGUCAU